AUGACUGCGGCUGGGAAAUUCCCGUCGCAGUUGGCUCACACCCUCAGGACACAUAAUGGGCCCGUGAAUGCCGUGACCUUCUCCGGAGGCCCUGGAACAUAUAUCCUUACCGGCUCGACUGAUCGCGCCAUCCACCUCUCUCGUGCAAUCCCAAACAGCAACAAUGCGUCCGCCGUCGAGACGACGUCACCGAUCCAGAAAUACGAGGCACAUGGGUACUCGGUGCUAGACAUUGCUGUUGCAUCUGAUAAUUCGCGAUUUGCAAGUGUUGGUGGGGAUCGCCAGGUGUUUCUGUGGGAUGUUGAACAGGGUAUUACCACGAGACGCUGGGGUGGACAUAAUGCGAGGGUGGAAGCUGUACAGUUUGCCGGAGAGGACGACGCGGUGGUUGUCUCGGGUAGCGCAGAUACGACCAUCAACCUCUGGGACGGCCGAUCGAACUCCCAUAAGCCGAUUCAGACUCUCACCGAGGCCAGUGACACGGUCUCCUCAUUGCACGUCAAUAUGGCUACGUACUCUAUCGCCAGCGGAAGUUAUGACGGUCGCGUGAGGGUCUACGAUAUCCGUAUGGGUCGAACAACGGUCGAUGUUCUUGGGCACCCGGUUACCAGCGUCCGAUGCUCGACGGACGGGAACGCGCUUCUGAUAUCAACGCUAGACAGCCGAAUUCGCAUGCUAGAUCGGGAUGACGGAAAGCUAUUGAACGCUUUCGGCCAAGAAGACAGCUCCAAGCCUCCAUCAAUCACAGGGAAAAGAGCGGCCACUUAUCACAACACGGAACUGCGCAUCCGUUCCGUCUUCGCGAAAGCUGAUGCGGUCGUCUUGAGCGGAAGUGAAUCCAACAAAGAUGAGCCCUACAGCCAAGCGCAUGUGUUCGCCUGGGACGUAUUGAGUGGAGAAGUCAUCGCGGCGAUCCCGGCCGGCGAGAGGGUCAAGGCUGUGAGUUCCGUGGCGUGGAAUGAGAAAGGGAAAUGCUGGGCGAGUGGCUGCUCCGAUGGAACCGUCAAAGUCUAUCGGUAA